AUGUCUUUCCUAGACUCAGAAACACCACUGCCUGACUCUCCUGCAGGAUUCAGGACUCGAAGAUAUCAUUUUUCGACUUUAUGUGCAACUGUUGAAAACCCUGAGCAAAAAGAUCAGUACAAUGCUAGCUCUGUCCCAAUAUAUCAAUCUGCCACGUUCAAAGGCAUGGAUGGACAGUAUGAUUAUACGAGAAGUGGAAACCCGACUCGCAGCCACCUUGAGCACCAUAUUGCAAAAAUAUCAUCUGCGCGUCAUGCAUUCGCCGUCUCGUCCGGUAUGGCAGCGUUGGACGUUAUCACCCGGCUCCUUAAGCCCGGGGACGAAGUCAUCGCCGGUGACGACUUGUACGGGGGAACCAACCGCCUUCUUGUAUACCUAAAAACCCACAUGGGGGUCGUUGUUCAUCAUGUCGAUACCACCGAUACAAAAUCUUCCAACAAACCCACUUCUCAAAAUGUGGAUCUGGCUCAGAUUGCCCGAGACGUUAAGGAAAGGGCUCCAAAUGCCGUAGUAGUUGUAGAUAAUACUAUGAUGAGCCCAUACUUGCAGCGACCAUUGGAGCAUGGUGCUGAUUUGGUCUAUGACAGUGCUACAAAGUAUCUCAGUGGCCAUCAUGAUCUCAUGGCUGGUGUGAUUGCCUGCAAUAGAGAUGACCUGGCCAAGGGGAUCAAGACCCUUGCGAUCCGCAUGGAUCGUCAACAAACCACCGCGAUGCGCGUUGCGUCAUAUUUACACGAUCUCGGCUUCGUUACACACUACCCUGGUCUUCCGAACCAUCCUGGACGCAGUAUUCACGAGCGACUGGCGAAUGGGACGGGCGCAGUCCUGAGUUUCAUCACUGGGGACAAAGAGUUGAGCGAGAGAAUCGUCGGUGCUACCAGACUGUGGGGCAUUAGCGUUAGUUUCGGGGCUGUGAACAGCUUGAUUAGUAUGCCUUGCCUAAUGUCCCAUGCAUCCAUCGAUCCUGCCGUUCGCGCUGCUCGAGGUCUUCCUGAAGACCUUAUUCGUUUGUGUGUUGGUAUUGAAGACGCUGACGACCUCAUAGAAGACCUAGAAUUCGCGCUCAUUGAGGCAGGUGCGAUUACACAAGUUCCACUGCCACAGGGUGGCGUGGCCUUUAGGCGGUUCAAGGACCCAUCUGAGUUUGGUGGUCUUGUUGGGAACGCUCUGGCGAAGCUAACUAAUGAGUUCAUGGUUUCUGCCCCUGGAAAGGUUAUACUAUUCGGGGAACAUGCGGUCGUGUAUGGAGUGAAAGAUGGUAAAUUGCAUUUAUCGCUUCCCGAUCUCGAUGGUUUCGAACAUGAGUGGGAUGUUGAGAAGGAUUUGCCUUGGAGCGACGUCCCGUCUGCAAAAGGAAGUCUUGAUGGCGCACUCGACUCGGAUCUGAUGGAGGCUAUCGAGCGACAAAGCAUACCAUCUGCUGCCUCGGGCACCGAUCCAAAAAGCAAAUCGCUGCGUGCAGCCAUCACGGCGUUCCUGUAUUUGUACCUGUCGUUGAGCACUGAUAAACAGAGGCCUUCUUUCACCUUCGCUGCUCGUUCUGCAUUGCCCAUCGGUGCCGGCCUUGGGUCAUCAGCUGCCUACUCUGUUUGCGUGGCAACGUCACUGCUGCUACUGUACAAUCGGAUUUCUCUCCCCACCCCACAAUCCCAGUCUCUUAACACCACCGCCUCUUCUCCGGCAACUUCGGAACGUUCUCUGGAGAUUGGAUCUUCAAAUCUACCUCAGGCAUUCACCGACGAGGUGAACAGAUGGGCAUUCGUCAGCGAAAAGGUUCUGCACGGUAACCCAUCUGGAGUCGACAAUUCGGUCGCUACAUAUGGAGGGGCAUUAGCGUUUACGAGGGACAUUGACCCUCUAGGCGAGAUUAGGACGAGAGAAGCCGGAAUGGAAAAAAUUUCGGGCUUCAAGUCGAUCAACUUCCUCCUGACAGACUCGAAAGUGCCCCGCGACACGAAGAGUCUCGUUACGGAGCCGGAAUUGGUCCUACCCGCCUUACGCUCUAUCCAGCAGAUCAGUGACAACGCACAAAUCUUGCUGGCCACCGAUCCGUCAUGCCUACCUCGAUCGGCAUUACUCUCUUCUUUGGAGGACCUCAUUGACGAAAUCAUUCGCACUUGCCAUUCGAAAUCUCUCCGCGUGGCUCCAUUUGGUCUCCACACAAAGCUGACUGGGGCUGGAGGGGGAGGCUGCGCCGUUACUUUACUUCCAGAUGUCUUCCGAUUCCUUGCUGAAUGCAUUCGCGAAGCAGGUUUCGUACCAUACCUGACGAGUAUUGGAGGAAAUGGCGUGGGUGUUCUCCCGACAGCGCCGAUUUCUGAUCAAUUGUUCGCCUCGGCAUCAGUUGAGAGGCUGAUUGAGGCUGUUGUCUCACAAAAAAAUUGGCAUUUUGCAUGA